UCCAGCGAGUUAAGCUUCGCCGCCGCGGCCUCUCUACGUUGUUGUUCAUAUUCUACACAACCCAACCGUGUAAUAAUAAAAAAAAUUAAUAAAUAAAUAAUCAUAAAAACAAAAAACAGGAAAGGAAAAGAAAAACCCACAGAGUGGGUUAUAAGUUUUUCGGCACAGUCCCGACAUUGUAUACACUCGUCCUCUGUGUAAUCUCCUCCUGCAGCCGCGCGCACACCCGCAUACAGAUAAAGAGUAGUUGUUUUUUUUUUUUUAUUAUUAUUUUUUUUUUUUUUUCAUUUCCCGGCUUCGCUUUCAUUUGUCUACCGACACGCAGCGGACCAACCUUGGAGGAAGCACAGCCGCACGAAGAGAAAAAAUCAACGGUCGCAGACGCGACGAUCGAUGCUGGGAGAGUAGUCCCGAGGUACAGUUGUCGCCGUCGCUGCUCCUCGUAAAUUCCCCUGCAUCAAGCGAUUUUCACCACACCGAGACACGUGUGCAGCAAACUCGGUGGUGUCGUAAUCGAGAGGGGGAAAAAGGAGAAGAAGAAGCAGCUCUCCCCAGCCUCUCGCGCCGGAUCCUCACCCUCCGUCGCAUGUGCGCGCGUGUGGGACGGUGUGCGCGCGUGGUAGUGCGCGGAACGGUAUAGAGAGGGUGCAGGGAGCCAGUUGAACUCUGACACCACCCCUGCAGCCGUGCGCCCUCCUCUCAUCUCGAUUUUGGGUGCGUAUUGUAUACUCAAAUAAACCCAAGGAAUACCAAAGAGGGAGAUUCUCUUCGACUGUGCACACCACUAAGUAGUCGUGCAUCACUGGCAUCGGGAACGGAAGAAGAGCCACACGUAUAUACAUACAACGACCGUCCUACUUUCGCGGAGAGAAAGAUACGUCUUACGUGGUUCGCCCGCAGCAGUGGGGCGCGCGGCCGCCAUCAUUACGAAGAAAAAGCCUCGACUGCGGGACCCCAGCAGCGAAACGUGUGAAAGUCGAGGGGCGCAGAACCAUGGAGUCCAGCGCUGCCUGCCAGGUCAAGGGCUGCAAGGCGAGCAAAAAGUCAUCCAAGGGCACGGCCCACGAUGACUCAUCCAGGCUCCACAGGGAAAACAACAACAGCAGCAGCAGCAGCAGCAGCAGCAGCAGCAGCAUCAGCAGCUGCAGCGACGAGAAGAACAACGACGAGGCCAAGAAAGCGACCACCACUGCUGUCGGCAACAAAAAACAGCAGCAGCAGUACUCAAAGACAAAUGGUACAGCCACAAACAACAACAACAAUAACAACAACAACAGAGGCAAAGUAGGAGCGACGAACAACGAGCAGCAACCGCUUGGGUACAACAGAGUGGUCAGCGGGAGCUACAAGACCACGACGGCCGGGCUGCCGUACAACAAGGUCGUGAGCAACGGCAAGACGAUCCUCGACGACAGCAUGUACGACAGGAUAAUCGCGGACAUAAAGACGUCGAUGCCACCGAUAGUUGCGACGACGACGACGCCAGCGCCUAUCGUCCCGCAGCAACCAGCGCCGGUGAGAGCCAACUCCCUCGGUUACAAUCAGGUGGUCAUCAACGGCUACAGCAGAAAGCCCGAGUUGGCCACCGUAUCCCCGACCACCUACCUCGGCUACAACAAGGCCGUCAGCAGCGAGGCGGGGCCGAAACAGCCAUUGCACCAGCAGAGGCAGCUACCGCAGUCUCAACUGCCGAAAAACACCACCACCACAACAACAACAACAACAACAACAACAACAGCAGCAGCAACAACAACGACAACCGGGGCGAUAACGACGACGCAGAGCGGUGGGGUGAUUUCGGAGAGCGAGCAGAGGCGGGCGGUCCUCAGCUACGAGCAGGUGUGCCGGCUGAACGACGUGAUGAACGAGGUCGUGAGCAUCCAUGGGCGGGGUAAUUUCCCGACCCUCGAGGUGAGGCUGCGCGACCUCGUGACCGUGGUCCGGGGCAAGCUCGAGGAGGACCCGGCGAGCGGCGGGGCCGGACUGAAGGUGCGCGACAUCCGGCUGAACGGCGGCGCCGCGUCGCACGUCCUCGCGACCGAGUCCCAGCCCUACAACGACCUGGACCUUAUCUUCGGGCUGGAGCUCAGCAGCGGCCGGCACUACGACAAGGUCAAGGCCGCGGUGCUCGGCUCCCUCUACGACCUCCUGCCCGAGGGCGUCAGUCGCGCCCGCAUCACCACGUGCAGCCUCAAGGAGGCCUACGUCAGCAAAAUGGUCAAGGUCAACAACGACGGCGACAGGUGGUCCCUCAUAUCCCUCGGCAACAGCCGGGGCCACAGGAACGUCGAGCUCAAGUUCGUCGACACGAUGAGGCGGCAGUUUGAGUUUUCGGUCGACUCGUUCCAGAUCGUCCUCGACUCGCUCCUGCAGUUCCACGCCGCGGCCGUCCAGCGGCAAUCCACGAUCGACGCGGGCGAGGACAACAACAACAACAACAACAACAAGUCCCUGACGACCACGACGAUAACCGAGAUAAGCGAGGCCGAUUACCCGAGGGUGGUCGGCGAGUCGGUGUACGGGGAUUUCCACGAGGCGCUCUACCACCUCCAGAAGAAGCUCAUCUCGACGAGGCACCCGGAGGAGAUACGCGGCGGUGGUCUGCUCAAGUACUGCAACCUCCUGGUGAAGAUGUACAAGGCCGCGCAGCCGGAUUACAUAAAGACCCUGGAGCGUUACAUGUGCUCGCGUUUUUUCAUCGAUUUCCCGGACAUAAGCCAACAGAGGGCCAAGCUCGAGAAUUACCUGUGGAAUCACUUUGUGGGCCCGGAGGAGGAGACACUCAAGUACCAGUACCUCACGCUAUUGCACAGCGUGGUCGAGGAGUCGACGGUCUGUCUGAUGGGCCACGAGCGCAGGCAGACCCUCGCCCUGAUCGAGAGCUUGGCUUACCAGGUGCUCUGUCUCCAGGGCCAGCAGCACCCGAGACUCGGGGCAAGCCACCACCAGGCGGCGCCCACGCAGGUUGCCCCCCACCCGGCCUACGUGUACGCCAACGGGUACUACUACGCGCCCGUCAUACCUACCGCGUGCUACACGUGCACCUGCAACUCGUGGAUGGCCUGCUCGUCGUGAUGCGUCGGUCCAACGCGGGAAAAGACAACAACUACUACUACUACUACCACGACCACUACUACUACUAUGACCACAAAGGUGGUGACGCCAGAGGGCGCCGAAGACGACGGUGGCCAACUCGUGCGCAAACGGGGCGAGGGCUAGGCUGCCGCUACUACAACCGCUACUGUAUACAUUCAGCGUACAUGAUGGGGAAAACCGUGUGCUCUUCUGUAAAACGGGUGUACCAUUUUUUAUGAUGAUAAUACUUACCAAGCAAACUAGAGGAUAAAAACAAGAACAAUCAUCAGGACUACGGCGACGACGAUGCUCGCGCCAUCUGCAGCCUUCGAUACGAUUACUUUUUUUUUUCUUCGUCUGUAUUCUAUACUGUAACAAUAUUUUUGUUUUUUGUUUUUUUUUUUACCGUGUACCACGUGUAAUGAUAAUAAGAACGACCAACGUAUUGCAGGAGCGCGAGGAGUAUUUGUGAUGAUGAUGCGCGAUGUUGGAGAGUGAAAGAUUUAGUGCCCGCAGAGUUUUUGGUUUUUUAAUCAACAAAAGAAAAAAAAAGAAGAAGAACAAGAGGAUGCAAAAAGUGUGGAGGAAGGAACGAGAAAAAAAAAUAUAUGAGAAACUGCCUCGCGCUCGAGGAGGACACACGUAGAUUUAAGUAUGCAGUCUCCGAUUUUAAAUUGAUGUAAAGCAAAAAAGAUGAUAAUCUCGGGACGAAAGUAACAAAAAGACUACACGCCAAGAUUUGAGCGAAAAAAAAUAUAC